UGGAGCCCAUUUAUCGAGGAAGAAUAUAACGCUGUUAAAUUUUAUGCGGUUACAAUCAUAGAACGCAAUAAUGUAUACCGAAGCUACAUUUUACAGAUCACCGUCAGUCCGAGAAUUACUUUCCACUCAAACGCGCACAUUCAAGAUGCAGUGUUUUAUCUGCUUUGCUUACCUCGUGAUCGUAUGCACCGCACACCCACCGAAAGAUCGAGAAAGUCCCAACCAACAACGACGAUCGCUUUUCCAUGACGUCAUAGAAUCACUUCGUAUAAGAGCACAAUUACCUGAAGAAUUUUCGGAGGAAGAAAAUCAUCUGAAACAAAGCUACGAUAAAUAUAACUACGAAAAUGAUCUGAACCUACCAGACGACUUUGACUUCAUUCCAAGAAGAAACGAUAGACUGGAAAUGCCUACAUUAAAAUAUCGUUUCCCAAAAAACCUAGACAUCAAUGACACUAAAGGUGAAAGUGCAAAAGAAGAAAUUGUUCUAUACAUAAACUCGCCAGAAGAAAGUGAAACUACCACGUUCAAACCGAAAAAGACGAAACGCCCAAGGCCGACUAUCAAAAACAAAAUCAAAACAAAAGAAAGUGAAGAACCAGAGGGUGAACAAAAACCAGUAACAAAUUCGUUAACUGGUUUGAGUCAAAUUGGUAAUCGGGAAUCGCAAACUGUAGUAAAACCCACAGUGAUUGUCAAUUUCAGAGGAUCUGUUAGUAAUAGGGAGAGUGACAUACGUUUAGAAAGACGAAAGAAUGUAACGAGGAGUGAAACAGUGCCACAAAAUAUUUUUAACAUUAAUCAAGAGAUUAAACUAGAAAGAUCUGUUCCGAAUUUAGGAAAUAGGGGAGAUGCAAGCGUGCCACUUAAAGCAAGCAAGCAUGCAAUUAAGCAAGAUGUUACAAUAGAGACUGAAGGCAGAACUAACGUUGAAGAAGACAUGAUGAUGUGCGAGUCAAAUUCGUGGAAAAAAGGUGAUAAAAAUGGUAGGCAGCUACUACAAAUUUUGCUAACAGUUUAAAUAAUAGAAAGUCGUCCUAAUUUAAUUUACAUAAAAAUAUUUUCUAAUCCUAAUUCGUAUUUCUGAUUAAUUUAAGCAUCAGUAAAGAAUUUAGUUUAAUCAAACUACUUGUAAGAUAGAAAAAUUCGUUUGUUAUUAUAUUUAUGAAUGUCAUAGAUUAAUGUAAUAUUUAGGAGUGUUGCAAAAAUUACUUUUUUUAACUAUGGAAAUAUGAACUGAAAAAACUAAUUUCAUCUUAUGUAGCUUAAUAUAACCUAUUUCAAUACAAGUUUAUUAACGAAUACUGAUUAGUUUAUUUUAAUAUUUUUAUCAUAAACUUAUUUUUGUAUUUAUUUGUAAUUAUAUAUAUUAAAAAUAAUUCUUAUGCAAUGUAGGCGGGUAAGCCUAGUACGACAAAUUACGUUCUAUAUAAAAUAAAUAAUUAUUAGGAAUAAAACAAGUCUGAAUAAUUUGUAUGCUAAUUCUUAAGACAUAAAAUGUUUAUUGUAUAACGGCUUUCCUUUUAAAAUAACUUGGCAUUUCUAGAAGCAAGGAAGCCACAAGUGGGUAAGUUAAAUACAAAAUGCUUGACGUUUUUAUUUAAGUCUCCAUAACAAUAAAGUUAUUGCUCAUAACAUUAUAAUUUUUAAUAAGAAGUCCUUAUAUGUUUUGUCUCAUUAAUAUAUUAUAGGUAGACGGAAUCUACCUAUAUACUAUAUGCUCAUUUAAAACUUGCUUGUACGGUGAAAUAAAUUAUCGUGAGGACACUUAGACCUAAAAGUCGAUGUGGCACAGACGGCUG